GGAUUGAAUGGUAAAAGUAUCUAAAGAUAAAUUCGGUCCCAUCCCAACAAACCUUCCUCCCCACUAUCCUAUAAAAUUUUCCAAUAAACACUACAAAAUCUGAAGAACCAGUAAACAAAGAGACAUUGUUUUCGACUGAAGAUGGCAAGAGGUGAGAUCAUUGUGGUUACAUCUAUUGGAUCAGGUCAUCUCUUCCCAUGCAUCGAGCUCUGCAAGCAUAUCUCCUCUCGAAAUUACAAUUCUACCCUCGUCCUCCCUUCCAACCUCUCCUCCUCCGUCCCCUCCUCCUUCCUCCACCACCCCCACCUCGCCACCGUCCUCAUCUCUUCCAUCUCCGGCGGCCCUCCUAUGCCCGGAUCAGACGCGACCCGCCAACAGAUCCAGCUGGAUCUCGAGGCCCACCUCACCAGUCGGCUCACUGGCCCAGACUCGGCCCGCCCACUCUGCGCCGUUAUCGACUUCCAAAUGGGCUGGACCAAACACGUCUUCUGGAAAUUCGACAUCCCCGUGAUCAGCUUCUUCACGUUCGGCGCGUGUGCCGCCGCAAUGGAGUGGGGCGCGUGGAAGGCCGACGCCGGAAAAUUGAACCCCGGCGACUUCCGUACGAUUCCCGGCUUGCCGGAGGAGAUGCGCGUGACCCACUCUGAUAUCAAAGGCCGGCCACGUGGUCCUCCGCCGCCUGAAAAGUCCGGUCCGGUUCGUCCGCCGGGCGGAGGUGGUGGCGGUCCUAAACCGGGCAGCCAGCCACCGUGGGUCCCAUUGAUUGAGGGCUCGAUUGGUCUAAUGUUCAACACGUGUGAUGAUAUAGAACGUCCGUUUAUUGACUACAUGAUUAAUCAGAUGGAAAUGCCAGUGUGGGGUGUGGGCCCACUUUUACCCGACCAGUAUUGGCAGUCGUCCGAUUCACUGAUUCGUGACCGUGAGAUUCGACAACCAAAGCGCCAAACCAACUACACUGAAGACGAGUUGAUCCAUUGGCUAGACUCGAAGCCACGUGGAUCGGUUCUCUACGUGGCAUUCGGUAGCGAAACGGGUCCCGCAAUGGAUGAGUACCCACAAUUGGCUGGAGCUUUAGAAGAUGCCAUGUGUCCAUUCAUCUGGGUCAUUCAACCGGGUUCGGGUUUGUCAAAAGGAGGUCCUGGUCCGAAUGAAUCAGGUGACAAUGAAGGAUACUUUCCUCAUGGACUAGAUGGUAAGGUUGGUGAGAGAGGCUUGAUAAUAAGGGGAUGGGCACCACAAUUGCUGAUACUGAGCCACCCGUCCACCGGUGGAUUUCUGUCGCAUUGUGGGUGGAACUCGACGGUGGAGGCGAUCGGGCGUGGGGUACCAUUUUUGGCAUGGCCCAUUAGGGGUGACCAAAUCUAUAAUGCCAAAUUGGUGGUGGACCAUCUCAAGGUUGGGUACAUGGCCUCGGCCGGAGACUCGUCGGAAAUGAUUAGAAAGGUUGUUAUAUUGGUAGGGAUAGAGAAGCUCAUGGGUGAUGAGGAGGUGCGAAAACGAGCAAUCGCACUUUGCGCCAAGUUCAAAAGUGGUUUUCCGGCGAGUUCCGAGGCAGCUCUAGAUGCUUUUAGUGUUUUUCUUAGCCAAUAAACAGCUAGGUUGAAUGACUGAAAUUUUUAGUUGUACAAUAAUGCAUUCAUGUGAAUAGUGUAUGAGAUCUAAACUUUUAAAUUUGGCUGCCAUUUGAGGGUUGUGCAAGUGCUGUGUUUUAGUAGUAGUUCUGGAUGGCUUCCCCAUUAAGAAAAUUCCAAAUA